AUGACUGUGGAUCACUUGUGGUUCCUCUUCAACACCCCAGGACGCCCUUUCGAUGAAUGCAGCCGGAUGCGCGUCGCGGCCAAGGGCGAAGCAGAUCUCUGCGAUGGUCGAGACUUGUACAUCGACACAAGCUCAUCCGAACUACGGCUCUUCGACUCAGCAGACCCGCCUGUUCUUCGCCUUCUCGACCCACUGUAUCUGGCUAAGGCUCCGGCCCUUCGCCUGGCUGACUGGAAAGCGCGGAUCAAGCGUUUGCUGAGCGUGCGUACGCUUCCCCGGUUCCUCGACGUAUCUGGUACCAGCAUGAGCGUGGAGUUCGAAUGGCUCGUGGCGAACACCCCCUGCAUGACAUGGCUGCAACUCCUGAGAGACAAUUGGGACAGCACACAUGCCAACGAACCCCGUUGGUCUGUUCCUCAGAACCACGACCUUGCCAAGGUUCUGUCUUCAAAGCUGGUCCGAGCGGACAACGGAACCUCCAUGGCUCUCGGAGAUCUUUACAUCGGCACAAGCAGUAUCCUCGACGAGCCUCUUUCGGCAAAGAUGCUGCCUCUUCUCAGUGUGGAAGACCCUGGAGACAAGCGCUGGCACUCGCUUGAGAAGCUGGGACUGAGAGUCCUCCCUGAUUUACACAUGUACAUGGAUGUUCUGUUGCAGCUGAAGGACCAAGCAACUGUCGCUUUUGACAAAAGUGACAUCCAGCGCAUCUAUUCGGCUAUCACUGACCACUUGACCGAUGAGCAUGGUGUGGUCAGGGACGUCUUCGACAAAGAGCAGCUGGUGUACCUUCACUCCCCAAACCCAGCGAAGUGGGUGGGCCUUCGAAAGUGCAGAUGGAGUGUCCCGUCUUGCUUGACAAGGCUCGUAGCCCUCCGUCACACCUACCCAGACCUUCGUACAUUCUUUUGUACUGAGCUUGGCAUUGGAGAUGCGGACACUGGUGAUGUCGUGACACAUCUACUGGAGCUCAAGGGACGAUUAGAUCGCAUUGAACUCGCCAAAGAACAACUCGUCCUCCUCAGUCGAUUCAUCGCUCUUAAGCACACUGGUCUCGGACGCACUUCAGAGCUCCUCAACGCAGAGAUCUUGUCAGUACGCGAGGAAGCUGGGGCUCUUCGAGCGCCUGCCGACAGUGGCUGGUUCACCGCCGAUCGGGCCAGAGUUGGGCAGUGCUUUCAAGGCCGGCUCUGGCUGCUUGACUUUGACAUGGACCAGUUGGCGCUGCUGCAACCGCUGAUCGCGCGAAUGGGCCUGCAGAAGCACUCUCUUUCGGCACAUGUCGUCGAGCGAACGGAGAUUUCUGGUGCUUCUUCGUUCAACCCCGCCAUUACCAACGAGCUUCGCUCCAAGGCUCCGUUCAUCUCAAGGCUUGUGCCCGAGAACCACCGAGAGAGCUCGCUGGACAAGCUCGCCGUGAUCGAGGUAUACCUGGCGAGCUCAUCGAUCGCCUGGAACUCCAUCCCACACAAGCAGCUUGCCGAGCAGCUGGCCAGCGUCCACCGCAUCGACCCGUCGAAAGAGAUCUUCUUGCUCAUGAUCCUCGCCACCAAUAGUAUCGAAGCCAUUGAAGACGCACUGGAGCGCGCGAACAUCGGCAUUCAUCAACCUGGUUCAGUCACCUUUCCCGAAGACGAAGACGUAGCUGGAGACGUCUCUGGUCUUGGAUCGAACGCUGUUACGAUUUUGGGACAGCAGUCUGGUCAAGCUCCUCGCUUCACUGCACUUCCUUUUGGACAGAAACAUGCUGGCUUUCUUGGUCCCCCUUCUUCAACAGCGUCAAGCAUCGCCGGUUCAGUGGUGCGGCGUUCGAAGGCCGUGCCAUCGCUUAGCCACUCCAUCAUCGACGUUGCGCGGAUCGAGGCAGCAGCGACCGCCGCGCUCUUAGAAGACAAAACGCUUGUUUCAAUCUCCAAUCAACGUGAAGCGCAAAUGCCCAAGCCCCCAGCGGCGUUGGAGGCAGACAAUGCUGCGACCUCCUUUGGCGACGACAGCAUUCAGCCUUCGACAGGAACUCCCUCUCGCGCCGCUGGAAGUACCUUCGACUUGUCUGGUAUGGGAGCUGCGAUUCAGUCUGCCGCGCACAUGCAGAGCAACUCGCAAUCGACCGGUGUGUCUUUGGCGCUCACGCAGUCGAGCCAAUUCAGCGCUUUCUUAUCUGCCACAGAGGCUCCAGAAGCAUACCGUGAUGAGGUCGGACAUGGUGGUGAGCUCUUUAUCUACAAGUUCCUGAAAGCCAAGUUCAAUAUCACCGACGACUGCUGGACAAGCCACCUACGUGAACUCGCGGGGUUGGAGCCCUUCCUCGGCGACGAAGGUGCAUGCGCAGACUUCACCAUCGACGACCAGGAUAUGGUCUUCCGCAUCGCAUUGUGGCUUACGCCGGAAGCAGUUGGUGGCGGUUUCAAAGGCAAAACCAUCCACCUCGAAGUCAAGGCUACUGUCGUCGUUCCAAGGAGCCUUUCAGCAUGA